AUGGAAAAGGGAACAGACAGAAUGGCCGCCGCCGCCUCCCAGUGCCGGAGCCCCCGCUGCACGGCGGAGCGCAGGGGAGUCCGCCGAGAACUCGACUCCUGGCGGCACCGGCUCAUGCACUGUGUGGGUUUUGAAAGUAUUUUAGAAGGGCUUUAUGGACCAAGGCUACGAAGAGACCUCAGUUUAUUUGAAGACUGUGAGCCAGAAGAGCUAACUGACUGGUCUAUGGAUGAGAAAUGUUCCUUUUGUAAUUUACACAAAGAAACAGUCAGUGAUCGUGCAUCAGUUAUCGGUUCUUCACAGUCAACGCCUACAGAGGAACUGUCAUCUCAGGGCCAGUCCAACACUGAUAAGAUUGAAUGCCAAGCAGAAAACUAUCUAAAUGCACUCUUUCGAAAGAAAGAUCUUCCUCAGAACUGUGAUCCUAACAUUCCCCUAGUUGCUCAGGAAUUAAUGAAAAAAAUGAUCCGUCAGUUUGCAAUUGAGUACAUUUCAAAAAGUAGCAAAAUUCAAGAGAACAGAAAUGGUUCAUCGUUUGAACCAAGUCUGGUAUGUAAAAGCAUCCAAAUGAACCAAACGGAAAACUCCCUUCAGGAAGAACAGGAUAGCCCUCUAGACCUCACUGUGAAUCGAACUCAAGAACAGAAUACUCAGCAAGGGGAUGGAGUGCUAGAUCUCUCUACAAAGAAAAGCGCGAGGUUGGAAGAACCAAAAUACGAUCCAUUGUGUUCUGAAAACUCAGUGUCUGGGAGACUACACAGACACAGAGAGGACUAUGUGGAAAGAAGUGCUGAGUUUGCAGAUGGUUUGCUCUCAAAAGCUUUGAAAGACAUUCAGUCUGGAGCACUGGACAUAAAUAAAGCAGGCAUACUUUAUGGCAUACCUCAAAAAACUUUACUUCUCCACUUAGAAGCCUUACCAGCAGGAAAGCCUGCACCUUUUAAAAACAAAACUCGAGAUUUCAAUGAUAGUUAUUCAUUUAAAGACAGUAAAGAAACUUGUGCAGUCCUACAAAAAGUAGCCUUGUGGGCAAGAGCUCAAGCAGAGCGCACAGAAAAAAGUAAACUCAGUCUACUUGAAACCUCAGAAUUAAAAUUCCCAACAGCUUCCAGUUACCUCCACCAGUUAACUCUACAGAGAAUGGUCACUCAAUUUAAAGAAAAAAGUGAAAAUCUACAAUAUGAAACUUCAAGUCCUACUGUACAAUUAAAAAUUCCUCAGCUAAGAAUAAGUUCUGUGUCCAAACCACAGUCUGAUACUGCUGGUCUUCUGGAUGUUAUGUACCACGUUUCUAAAACCUCCUCAGUCUUAGAAGGAUCAGCUCUUCAAAAAUUGAAAAAUAUACUCCCUAAACAGAACAAAAUUGAAUGUUCUGGACCUGUAACUCACUCAAGUGUUGACUCCUACUUUCUGCAUGGGGACCUCUCUCCUUUGUGUCUUAAUGCUAAGAAUGGGACAGUAGAUGGAACCUCAGAAAAUACAGAAGAUAGUUUGGAUCGUAAGGAUAAUAAGCAACCAAGAAAAAAACGUGGCCGUUAUCGGCAGUAUGAUCAUGAAAUAAUGGAAGAAGCAAUUGCAAUGGUAAUGAGUGGGAAAAUGAGUGUUUCCAAAGCACAAGGAAUUUAUGGGGUACCUCACAGCACUUUAGAAUAUAAAGUAAAAGAAAGAUCUGGAACGUUGAAGACUCCGCCGAAGAAGAAACUCCGAUUACCAGAUACUGGCUUAUUUAAUAUGACAGAAUCAGGGACUGGCAGCUGCAAAAAUAGUAGCAAGCCUGUGUAGAAUAAUUGUUAGCGAAUUGUUUUGUGUGUGUGUAUGUAUGUCUGUAUACACACACUGUGUGAGAAAUACAUAUGCUCACUCUGACAGAAGACGUGAAAUUAUACAGUUCAAAAACCACAUACAUGCCUUUUGAAAAAUAG